AUGAAGGACGUAUACGCCGGCAGUUCAGUCACUAUUUCAGCAUCAGAUGCAAAGGACAGCACACAAGGCUGCUUCGUCGACUUUAGGGUGGAUCUUUGGGAGAACGAUGGCAAAGGCGUCGUUCCAAUGACUGCUACUAUUCAUGGCAAACCUCUUGAGAUACGCGUUCACCAGGGAGACAUCAGACGCCGCACCGUGGACUCGAAUCUCAGCACCCGAGGCUGGACCUUGCAAGAGCAGAUACUGUCUCACCGGGUGAUCCACUGCAUGCGACCAGAGAUACACUGGAACUGCCACCGCAAAUACCACACAGAAUCACAGUUUACCUUUGAUGGUGUCAGUUUCAGGCCUUUCUUGUCCAAGUUUCUACCGAGCCAUGCUACUGCAGCCGAAAUGCAACGGUUGUGGAUCGAGUGGAUGACAGAUUACUCUAAUAGGGAUCUGACCGUCACCAAAGAUCGCCUGGGAGCUCUGGCGGGAAUGGUACAGCACUUUGGGGAAAUAACUGGAUUCAAACAUCUAUUAGCAUGUUGGCAAGAGACACUUAUCGAUGAUCUGCUAUGGAUCCGAUGUGGUGCUGUUGCCAACCCCACCAUACCCCUCCCACAAGUACCUUCAUGGUCGUGGCUCACUCGGACAGGGGAAGUCAGCUUCAAAUUUUGGUUUCGGGCCAUGGGCGGUUGCAAGUAUUUUCCGCAUGAACACGUCAAGAUAGUUGAAUCCAGCGUAGACUGGACCGGAGAGCCGAUGAUUUCUGAUAUUUCAUCCACAAAUCUGGUUGUCGAGGGCCCCGUUAUGCAAAUGAGGCUCCGCAUAGACCCGAGAGCUCAGAUCUUCAAUCCACCUUAUAUGGAUGUGGGCGACGAGGUUCAAGAUUUUCACAAUCAUCCCAUUCCAUGGCGGUGUGCAGGACAGUUCGAUCUUGAACAAGACAGGGAGGAUGAUUUGUUUACAUGUCUCCUUGUCCGAUCAGUUACUCCAGAUCACGAUGCUCCCUUGAAUCGCUACCACCUUCAAGAAACAUUUCUCCUACUCUUGCCAGUGCCGACUCCUGAAGGCUUGUGUUACCGGAGGGUUGGUAUCGCUAUGAUUCGCGGGAACGAGCCUGAGUUCAGAUCUGCGGAAAUAAAAAGGAUUCGGCUGGUUUGA